GUGGAUCAUGACGCAAUCAAAAAGGGACCGACAGGAAUGCAGCCUGAAAAGAGUCCUUGACAUCAAGAAGAAAACGUUGCGCCUGAAACUAUGCAUUCAUGUUUACAUGUGUGGUUAAUUUGUAGUGACCAUAGAAGUCGUGUAUGCGUGCAUACGUGCACAAAGCAUGUUGUACAGGCAGCGCGUGAUCAAACAUGUUGCCAAAGAUGGCCAGAAGCGAGAUGUCCGCGUGUGGCUUAGCUUGUGUGUGCUGAUUUUCAUGUGUAUUUGAGAGAAUGCUUUUAUGUUGGUAUGUUGGUUCUUUUAUCGAGUUAAUAUUAAGAACAAAAUACUGACUACAGUGAUAAACUAACCUGCUCUCAUAAUACUUCAACUGAGACGCUGCAUCUGGGGUCUCUAAUAUUCUUCCGGACUACAAAUCCAACUAUGAGUCUGUUCGGAAAUGUUGGUGUUGUCGCUCGCAUUGCUGCGUUGCCUCUGCUGUAGUCUGUCGCAUCUUUUCAGUCCCAAAGCACAUGAGUGCUUCACCAGAGGGAGUGUCAAAGACAUUUGGAGAGACCAUGCACAACUGGACACGUUAUCUCAUCUUCUUUCAAUACAUUGGGACAAAAUACAGCGGUGCAGUGAAAGUGCCUCCACAUCAGCUGGUUAGGAAAGGAGUCCAGGACCACUUGGAGGAUGCAAUAAGGAGGCUGAGGCCGCUCAACCCAGUAUCUUUGUCGGUCUCCAGCAGGACAGACACAGGUGUCCACGCCCUCUCUAACUCUGCCCACUUCGACCUCCAACGCAAGAAUGAUAAGCCGCCAUUUACUGAAGACAUUCUCGUCGAGGCCCUUAAUUUCCACCUCAGGACAGAGCAAAUCAGGAUCAUCCGUGCCCACCGCGUGCCUGAUCAUUUCCAUGCCCGUUUCCGUGCCCAGUCUCGGACCUACGUCUACCGGAUAGCCCUGGGAAUCUCCCACCACUCUCUGCUUCCCCUCACAGACCGCGAUCUCUGCUGGCACCUCCGCAACACGGAGUUGGAUGUGGGAGCCAUGUGCGAGGCCGCCGCCCUGCUGGUAGGGACUCACGACUUCAGCAGCUUCAGGGCAGUCAACUCCGACAUGCCUUUUAAAAACCCUGUGAAGACGCUGGAUGUGGCCAACGUACAGCCAGGAAGCUCCUUCGUACAGGCACACUUCGACAGAGAGAUACAAUUCUGGGAGCUGACUUUUACAAGCAGAUCUUUUCUCUAUAAGCAGGUGCGGAGGAUGACAGGGGCCCUGGUGGCGGUAGGCCAGGGGCGGCUCUCGGUGCCCCAGCUGAAGGACAUAUUGGAGGCUCGGGACUCUCUGGCCUACCCACAGGGCCUGGCUGCUCCGGCCCAUGGCCUCUUCCUCACCAGGGUGGACUACAGAGAGUCAGACCUGCAGCUUCCACAACAGACAUCAGAGGAGCAAUUUCUCUCUGGUGGAAACUCGGAGGAGUAAUUCUGCUUCAUUCAGUCAUGUUGAUAAACUGUAUUUCCAUACUACUAUAUGCAAUGAUUGUAAUAAAGUUUUGUAUUUAUAUGUA